AUCCUGCUUCCAACGAUCGUGGUCUCGCUUGGCCACCCAAAGUUCUUGGUGCGCAAGGCCGCCUUCGAGACUUUCCAGGCGUACCUGCGGCACGCCAGCAGCGCCGAAAUGGCCGUUUCCUGCCUCGUAAAAUACGGAAUCGAGAACGAGGAUUGGCGGGUCCGUAAGGAAGCCAUCGACGCUGCCCUUGUGGUGAUGGAUCAGGAUAGCGGCAGCUGGGACUUUGACCAGCUUGUCGGCGGCUUGGUCGGUCGCCUUCGGGAUGUGUCGGAUGCUGUCGUCAACAGCGCCGGCAAGGCCCUCGCUCAUCUCGUGGAGCUCUUUGGCGACGCCUCCAUUCAGGAGUCUGUCCAGAUGCUUGGGCCAACUCAAAAACAGCUCUACAAAGUGUUCCGCUCCAAUCCGCAAGGCAUGGGUGGCAAGCUCGUGGCCUCUGCAAGCCCUCACUCGGCGGCAGAGCCCUCUGGGAGAACAAAGCAGCCGGCGUUGCCCCGGAGAGUUGGAGUCUCCUUGGAAGCCCAUGCCCUCGACGAGGCAUCUGGAUAUCGCGCGCAAGCAGACCAGAGCAUCAAGAUCCUGGGCAAGGGCCAGCACGGCGGCUCGGGUGGGGCCCUGAACCUGGAGUUUGGCUUCGUGCCGCUCUCGAUUAUCGCCCGGCUACAAGUCGACGGGGACUGGAAGACUCGGGCGGCCGCCAUCGAAGAGCUGCAGGACCUGUGCUUCCGCGACGACAACCAAACCACGCUCCGGCCCCACCUCAGGUCGUUUCUCAGCUUUUUGAGCGUACUCAUGGGUGACCACAAUUUCAAGAUCUCUCUAACGGCUCUGCAUAUCCUCGGGAGGAUGGCCAAGGACAUGGGCGAGGACAUGCGGCCGCACCUCAGCGCCGUGAUUGCAUCGCUCAUCGAAAAGUUUGCAGACAACAAAAUGGUCAUGCGCCAGACAGCCAUGAAGAUCACUACGCUGCUGAUGACCAUCCACUCUCCCAAGAGCGUCCUGGCAUGUCUCCUGCGGAGUCUCGGCCACCCUCAUCCAAGAGUACGAGAAGAAAUUGUCAAUUGCAUCACCACGGCGCUUCUGAACUUUGAGGUUCGCAACUUUGAUGUGCCGUCGCUGGUCGUCGAUUUGCUGACAGCUCUGCGCGACCCAAAGGCCAAGGUCAAGUACGUCACCGUCGAAGCAUACUCGGUCAUCUCGUCCUUCAUCACCCCAGAGCGCCUGCUUCGAAUGCUGAGGGAGUAUGGCGUCGACGACGAAACGCUGCAGCUACUGCUCCUCCGAUUCUCUGAUCCGACAAUCCCACAGCUAAACGCCGACGGGCUGGUCGAGCACAUCAUCUCCCGUUCCAACACAACGACGCCUCGGCCGCUGUCUCAACUCUCACUGGCCAACGACGCCGCUCCCUUCCCUACAAUUCAGCGCUCACCAGCCAAGCCUUCGACUGAUGUACGACAGCAAAUCGUCCUGACUUCGCCCACGACCCAAUGCUCGAUUUCGUCUCGGCGCUCUAGUGUUCCCACCGAGAGGGACGACGCCAGCACCGCAUACCACCCAAGUCGUUCAUCGUCAACAGCUGCUGAUAUGCGCCGGGUCGCACCACCAGCAGUCUUCGCAAAGCCGCCGCGGGAAACCCCCAGCCGCGCUGGCCGUGGUCUCAGUCGCCAAGCUCUGUUUUCGCCUGACGCCUCAACCGCAAUCGCCUCAGAGAUCGGUGACGAUGACAAGCCGUCUCCGCCCCGACGGUACUCGAGCAUGUCUUCUACACCCCCCGGUCACUCUGACGAGGUCAGCGAUGCCAGUCCGUCGGCAAGGACGACUACCACGGUCAGCUAUGGCUCUGGCUACUCACAGACUACUUCGACCGGGUCCUCGGACUAUAUUGAGCUCAAGAGCGACUCGAGUUUGCCCAGCUCAGCCCAAGGGUCCGAUCGCCGCCAGACGCUGAGUCCCGGCUGUGUACUGGCGCCGGGAGCAGGAUCCAGACGCUUUUCCGAAUCGAAUCCAGCACCUCGCCCUGGAUUUGACCCCGCGAUGGGCAGCAGGGUAGUUACGGCAACGGCGCGUGCGGGCUUUGAGCGUCCCAAGCUCCCGCGUAUCCGCAGCGUGAGUGCUGCUGUCUCGGAUGAACUUGACCCCAUUGCAGAGAACAGUCACGACCAUAUGCAGCUGGAUGCAGCACGCUCAACAUCAUCCAUGUCCGAGCCGAUUUUGGUGGCUCCUUCGAGUACCAUCAUCGAAAUCGACCGUCCUUGGAAAAAUCAGGGUCCACAGACACACCGUGCUGCCCCACACCGGCGCGAAGCCUCAUCUGACAGCGCGAACUUGCUGCAUGGACAAACUCCUGCGAUGCCACGCCUGGGAAGCCAAAAGGACCACCCACAUUCCAAAUCCUCAGAGCCGCAUUGGCGGAGCCCUUCCGACGAGACAGAUCCAUCAGCAAGUCACAGAGAUCCCGCAUAUAUGCCGUUCGUGCGAAGCAGCCCAAAGCCAAGGGCAGCAGCUUCCUGUGCACCAUCGAAAGAAAGCAAAUCUCCUCUGCCGAGUACUCGCAGAAAUGUUGACAAAGCAACUCAUCUCAUCACUACCGAUGCUACGCAUUCCAUCGCAUAUCAUACACUGACUGAUACCCAUGAAAGCUGCUCGAUAUCGGUUGCGGCAGAGCCGUCGACUCUAUCACGGAGUGUCUUGACUCACAACGAUGACGAUCUUCCAACCUAUGGAUCGCAUAAACUAAGUGGGGUCCUGGAGUCCCUUGAUGAUUCGAAGCGCGAACGAAACGCUCCGUCUGGAAGGCAGCACAUUCUUGACAAUGCCGGGGAAGGGUAUGUACCGACACUGGCGUCAAGAAAAGCAUUGCCAACCACCAAGACCAGGGACCCAAGCCGAUCGCACGAGCGACGGGCAACGGUGAGCGAAGGGCAGCUAGCCUUGAGUCAAGAUGAGAGGAGCAGCGAUCUCGCGCCGUCGUCGGAGACCGUUAUGGUACCUGGCAGUAGGCAAGCCACUGCUGAGAGACCGGCGAUAUACACAAUGCAGGAGAGAGAUACAGAUCGUUCGGCUCAAGCCUUCUCCCAUGCACGAGAUGCCCAGGACUCGGCAAACAUUCCAACGGCAUUCCUCAGAAAGGAGACCAACACUGCAAUCAAUGCCGACAAGCCUGGGGAUCAAGAACUCCCAGCCAAACCGGUGCGUUCCGUGAAGCGAGCUGCGACGACCAAGAUCGAUCAACCGGAAAAAAGCAGCCACGUCGACCAUCAAAUCCAAGGCCAUCAGCCUGCCGCUGCUUCAAACUCGAUGCGAACGCAAAAGUCGCAGCAACCCGGCCAGAACGAAAGAGGUGAAUCACACGAAGCAACCGAGAGCCACAACAAGCCAUCCAACAAAGCAGCCGAUUAUGCGCUGCAAAAGCAUGUCGCCGCCCUCGAGUCCCCUCCAAGUGUCACCCGAGAAAAGCCCAAGACCAAGUCUGGCCUUCAGCCCGGACGGAAACCCGACCACACCAAGCCUGCCACGAUGCCAGCCGACCAGCAGUUCCGCGAUGCCCUAGCGAUUCUCAAAUCGGAGCAAGAGUGGGAUGUCAAAUCGCGAGCGCUGGAGAGCCUGCGAGGAAUCCUGGACGAUCGUCCAGACAUGUUCCAGACACAGCUCCAUGAACUAGUGCUAUCGGUGGUAGGCCAGGUGCAGAAUCUGCGAUCGUCGGUCUCAAAAGUGGCGAUUGGAUUGCUCGGAGACAUGUUUGUCAAGCUUGGCAAAGCCAUGGAAGCAGACUUGGACAUCACCACGGCCACUCUACUCAAGAAGCUCGGAGAGGGCGGGUUCAUCAUUGAAGAGGCCGACAAGGCGCUUUCCCUUAUGAGCGGGGCCGUUGGACCGGCUCGUCUCGUCACGGCCGUUCUGCCCAAUGCCGACCACAAAAACACAGUCGUUCGCACCAAGGUUGCCACGCUGCUCUCUCGGGCGAUUGUCGGGAUGGGCGAGGGUCAGGCAGUCAAGUAUCUGCAGCCUAUGGAAGCCGACAGGCUAUUUACGGUGCUGGUUCAGUUUCUUCGGGAUGGAUCGAGUGAAACCCGACAGGCAGCACGCCAGAUUGUGCAGUCGUUGUCCAAGCUCCCUGAAUUUGACAAAGCGGUCGAGAAGAGUCUUCCACCUUCAAGCGUCCGUGAAAUCCGGGAUGCACAGCGACAAGCGAGCAAGAGCGCCCGUGACUCGACGCAGCAGCUAGUCAAGUCAGACUCAAACAUCGGACCAUCUGAACAAGGGCGGGCUUCACGAUCGCUCUCACGCCAAAAGAGCACAAAGUCUAGAAUCAAACUCAAGGAGGUCGCCGACGACGAGAUGGAAAGGCUGCAAGGGCUAUACGCUGAGAUGACAUCCAGCGAUUGGAAACAGCGCCACGAUGGACUGGUAAAAACGGCGGAGCUGAUUCAGAGCAGCGGCGAGAUUAUCGAAUCGACCCAUAUGGUCAAAGUGGUGGACCACAUCAACGAGCGCAUCAAGGACGGCAACAGCAAGGUGGCUCUGUGUGCUCUCCAGUGCUUCGAUGCACUCUUACCGAUGCUCAAGGAUCGCGCGGAUAUAUAUGUUGCCAACAUAGUUCCAACAGUCACCAAUCUCGUUGGGUCGUCAAAUCUUCCACUUCGAACAGCGGCAGGCCAGACGCUGGACCGGCUGGUUGACCAUACCGACAAUGCGUUGCUCCUGCAGAGCCUGACGAGCAUUGCCCAAUACGGAACAAACGCCAAGGUCAAGGCCGCCGUAGUCGAAAAAAUGAUAGUUCUAUGCCAAAAUCUCUACUCUUCCAAGCCCCAGCUGGUCACCAAAGUGGUUCUGCCCGUUUCGCUGAAACUGCUCCCUGAUAACCGCUCCGAGAUCAAGAGUGCCAACGCCAGGCUCGUGCGGGCUCUAUAUUCGAUGAUCGGGCCCGAGUUCUUUCAGUACACACAGAACGUUGGGCCUGACGGACAGACUCGCAUUAUGGCGAUACUGGAAUGAGUUGUGGUCAGCAGCAGUCAGGAACAGUGUUCUAUUGAGCUCAAAUGUUGCAGGAUCAGGUACUGUCAUGAUCUGA